GGGAAUAGGAAAAGUUAUGCCAUGCGAGAAUCCACCGCGUUGUAUCUGGCACCUGAAGACAAUUAAAACAGAAUUCUUUCGCAGCUAGGGGGAUCUAGGUGUUUUCUGUGAGGACCCAAUAUUGUUGUUAAUUUAAUGUUAAUUUGUUGUUCAUGUAUGCAUGAGAGGAGAUAAGACCGCGGAUUUGGCCCUCACGCGGGCGUCAUUCGAAGCUAACGUUAGCGUGUUAGCCGUGAUGAUGUGCUCGCUUAGCAUCUGUAGCAGUAGCUGAGGCCCAAAAUUUAGUUUCAUUAAAAGUUUGCCCUGAUAAACUAACAUGUCGGGGUUCAACUUUGGAUCAGGAACUCUUGGUUCCACCAACCCUAACACUGGAGGGGGAUUUACAUUUGGAGCCGUAACCAGCGCACCUGCAGCCAGUACAGGAGGUUUCUCUUUUGGGGCUGCCCUUGGUACUGCAGCUGCAACCCCUGCUGCUGCUGCCACCACCAACACCACCCCCUCGCUUGGUUUAGGUGGAAGUCUCUUUGGCCAGAAACCUACUGGAGGAUUCUCUUUCAACACACCUGCCUCGAGUGCUGCUGCACCUACAACAGGCCUUACAUUGGGUGCCCCAGCCACUACAGCUGCAUCCACCGGCUUUAGCUUGGCCUUCAACAAGCCCACGGCCUCAGCGACACCCUUCUCCCUCACCACUGCUGCCACUUCCACGUCAGCACCCGCAGGGGCAGGUUUAAGUUUCGGCUCUGUCUUGACAUCUACAGCUCCUCAGCAGCCUGCAGCAGCAGGUUUCACCCUUGGCCUUGGUGGCACAACAACCACAACAGCAGCAGCCUCCACUGGCCCAUCACUGGGUGGGGGUCUCUUCUCCAACACUGGUUCUACAGGUUUGGGUCAGACCACUCUUGGAGCUGGAGGCGGCCUAACAUUGGGAUCCCUGUUAUCUACCUCCACAGCUGUAUCAGCUGCUCCUGCACCCAGUAUUGGCCUAGGUGGAGUAGACUUCAGCACGUCUUCUGAGAGCAAGAGUGAUGCAUCAUCUGGAGCCAGUGCUCAGGACAGUAAAGCUUUAAAAGACGAGAACCUGCCCCAGCUCAUCUGUCAGGAUGUGGAGAAUUUUCAAAAAUUUGUGAAAGAUCAGAAACAGGUUCAGGAGGACAUCAGCCGCAUGUCUUCUAAGGCCAUUUCUAAAGUCCAGGAUGACAUCAAGAGCCUUAAACAGCUUCUCUCUGUUAGUGCCAGUGGCCUGCAGCGCCAGGCUCUGGCCAUCGACAAACUGAAGCUGGAGACGGCACAGGAGCUGAAAAAUGCUGACAUAGCCCUGCGUACACAAAAGACUCCUCCUGGACUUCAACAUGAAAAUACAGCCCCAUCAGAUUAUUUCCGUAGCCUUAUAGAGCAGUUUGAAGUGCAGCUGCAGCAGUACCGGCAGCAGAUAGAGGAACUUGAGAACCAUCUCACAACGCAGAGCAGUGGAUCCCACAUCACUCCACAGGAUCUCACUUUGGCCAUGCAGAAGUUGUAUCAGACAUUUGUCGCACAGGCAGCCCAGCUUCAGUCUGUCCAUGAGAAUGUAAAGAUCUUAAAGCACCAGUACCUUUCAUACCGCCGCGCCUUCCUGGAAGACUCCACAGACGUCUUUGAGUCCAAACGAGCUUCGAACAGGAAGUGGCAGAGUGCGCCGAGAGUCACUACUGGGCCCGCCCCGUUCUCCAGUGUGCCCAACGCUGCAGCGGUUGCCAUGGCAGCAACGUUGACCCAGCAACAGCAGCCAACUCCAGGGACCCAGGCACCCUUGGGGGCAGGGUUUGGAAACCCUUUUGCCUCAGCAGUGGGCACUAGCUUGGGCUCUUCUACCCUCGGAGGUUUUGGUGGUGGGCCAGGAUUUGGUGGGGUGGGGACUGGGGGGUCUUCUUUUGCCUUCUCCUCCACCAAUAAGCCCACAGGAGGCAGUCUGAGUGCAGGUUUUGGUAGCAGCAGCAGCUCAGGCUUUAACUUCAGUAACCCUGGCCUCAACCCCUCAGCAGGCCUGACUUUUGGCGUGUCAAACCAGCCGGCUGCAGGCUUCGGAGCGGGAGCACCUCUUCUUCAACUCAAGAAACCCCCUGCUGGUAAUAAAAGGGGCAAGAGAUAGAACUCUCCAACUGACCACCUGACUGGCUUUGUGUUUGUAGCUGGUAAGGCCUGCUCUCCCAAAAGCAUACAAGCGCUAUUGUGAUUCAAAUGCAGAAUGGGAAAGAAGGAAAGAAAGUAAAUUAUUGCGAUCAUUAAGGAUAUUUGAAUGCACCAUGAUAUAGAGGCAAAACUUUUGAAAUCAUUUAUAAUGAUUUAGAAAAAUAAAAUCCUUCUGACAAGCAAGCCAUAUCUUCCUUCCAUGCGUUGGUCUGUCCCAUCUGCUGUUUGACGCUGAUUUAAUGCUGAUUAAUUUAAGUCCACAUGGCCACAAACUUAAACUGUAUUAUGUGUGACAGAAGUUGGCUGCAGAUCAAUUUAUUCGAUUAAAUGAGGUCACCUGGGUUCAGUCAGGUGUUACCAUUCUUUUAAGUACGAUUCUGACUCCAAACAUCACCUGCUCACUGUCAUCUGUAGCUCUGCAGUGCUUUUGGGAUUGCCAGCCAUGUCAAGAGCGGAGUAAAUCAUAGAAAGUUCAGUUAUCUGUCAGGAAUUCCUCAAUCUGAAUAUUGUACAAGAGUGAUGCGUUAUUGCACUCUGAGGAUGGAUCCAUUGUGCUACACACGCUCUCUCAGUCGCACUUGAAAGCCUCUCAGAAUAACGACUUUGCUUGAGUCUCAUUUAGGGGAAGGGUAAGAUACAGUAAAGGGAAAGCUAUGGAUGAAUCCAGCAGCUGCCAUGUAGCGGUGGCUGCCAUAACUGUGGUGUCAGCUCAGCAUCGACUGACUGUGACUGUGUAGCAGCAUGGUUAAAAGUCAGACAGCUGCUGAUAAAGGUACCUUAGGCUGGGAUCCCCAGCUACAUUCAUACACAGGCCAGCUUUUUUUCUUGGCAGACAUUGUGGGGGCUGGACCAUCAAUUGAGCUCAAAUAAAAACAUAUUUUAAUCUAUAUAAAUGUUAUAAUUUCCUUUGAAAUGCAUCUUAUUUAUGUCUUUAGCAGUGAAUUUAGGCCCAUACUAACCCCAGCCACAAGGAGGGGAUUAAGAUAUUUAGCCACACAUUUCUUCGGCUGUCGUGUUGUUUAUCGCUGGGUUUAGGUAAAGUAUGUCACAUCCUGAUUUUCCUACACAUUUUCUGGAUUUAAAAAAGAGUGUACACAGUAUCUUUUGCUUUUUAAAAAUCCCUACAGCUGUUAAAGGAACCCCAAAAUAAGUUUGAUUAAAACACCGUUUUCCUGCAUUGACUUAAUGUUCAAUCAGUCAAAAAUCCACUUUACAGCCUUUACUAGUAAAUAAGAUGCAUGAUAAAUUCAUACUCAUCCGUCCUUUCUUGAUUAAAGCUGCCCGUUUCUGUGUCAACUUACAAUUUUAGUUGCUUUGAGAGUGUUUUUUCCUUGACUUGAUAUAAAAACAAAGAUCUGUGUGCUGCACCAAUCAGGAUGUGACAUUUUUAACUCAGUGAUGAACAUGACAGCCCCAGAAAUAAGUUGCUCAAAUAUCUCAACCGCCCUCUUGUGGCUGGCUUCAGUAUAGGCCUAAACUCACUGCUAGAGACCAACAAUAAGGUGCAUUUCAAUGGAAAAUAAAACAUUAGAAUAGAAUAAAAUGUAUAUUUAUUUGAGCUAAUUUGGUGGUCCAGCCUUCUCAAUGUCAGCCUGGAAAAACAAUGGCCUAAAACAAACAUAAUUAGUGAUCCCUGAUCUAGUUGAUAGUUAGCUCAAUAAAAAUAUACAAGUCUAGGCAGACUGGCAGCUUUGGUGAAUACAUUUUUAUAAAUGUUCAUUACACACAUGUUUCUGUUUUUUGCUCAUGUUUUCAGUCAGUGGAGACCACCAGCAGCUCUACAUGAUUCAGCUCACUAGUGACUAGAAGAAUGCUACAAGAUUAUUUUGUGAAUCUCUAGGAAAUUAAUGAUAAAUGCCAUAAGAGUUCAAUCAGAGGUCAAAUUACUGAUCCUGUUGUUGAUGAUUGUGUGAAGAACCUCUCAUUGAAUCUGUGUCGUAACCACUCAUACAGGAGGACUGGAUAGUCAGUUGGUGCUGUGCACUUCCUGUUUUUUUCUGAUGUCAAAGUCUUUCACAGCUGCUGGAACAACUGAGAUCUCCACAACUUCUUCAUAGUGUCCUUUACAUCAGUGCUUCUCAUCUGGCAUGAAAAAUGUUAAAGUUUGGAGCAUUACUAGAACAAAAGAGACAGGACAAAAGAAGUAUGUAUAAAAAAGCCUGUCACUCAAGAAGGACAAGUAUGCACACAUUUUACUUUUCUCAAUUUUUUUUUUUCCCAAGACAUUUGGGAAUUUCUCAAGGAAUUUCCCAAUUAUUUUGGGAAAACCAGCUUUGUUAUCCAGGAAAAUUAGAUAAAUAAGUUGAAAUUUUUCUUGAGAAAAAGACUGAAAUGUGUCCGUCAUCUUGUGAAAACAUGAGAAAAAAGUAUAAAUAUUGUAUUAGUCCACUUAGGGCUUUUAUACAUCACACACUUUAUGCUGCAAACUUUUUCCUACUUCAUGAUCCACUUUGGGGUCCCGACCCACCAGUUUAGGCCACUGUCAAAGACAGUCACAUAGAAAGUCAUGUCAGAGGAAGAAAAGUGCUCACUUCUUCAUCCAAACACAUAAAUGUUAUAUUGAGACGCCACCGCGGUAACGGCAGCCUCCGUCCCACUGGAUUCAUCCAUAGCUGGUUUAUAUCAGCGUUGUAGCCUCUGCAGAGUCAGUGGGAGGCAUUAUCAGCUAGUUUAUUAGCCACAGGAGAGUGUCCAGGGUGGGUUUUUGGGGAAGCACAGUUUUAUUUUUGUAUGAAGUUAAGAAUAACCAGACAUUCGGGAGGGGUAAUAGGGGGCUCGCAUUGUGAGAUAGUCAGUCAUCUAGUCCACAUUACCUGUGUUGUUUUUGCUAGAGUCCAUCCUUGUCAUUCUUUAAUUUUUACUUAUUUUUGUUAUAUUUGUCCCGCUGUGAGACCUUGGGAAAGGAAACGGAGCUGUUGGUGCAACAGGGCUUCCAUUCAAUAAUUUGGAGGGACUUCACAAACAGAUUCCCCCCUCUAAUCCCAGAGUCUACAUGUACUACUUUAUUUUUGCACUUGCCAGUGUAUAUGGGCUGACAGUGGUUGUUUGAAUGUGCAUGUGUGCUUAUUGCACAAGUAUGAAAUUGUCGCUCUGGUCUGUCAUUGUUGCUGACUUGUUCUGAGCAUAGGUCGUGGUUGGGGGUUAUUCUGCUUUUUUUUUAACUGUCCAUGUUGGUUUGGUUACCAAAUACUGGCUGUUUUACUAUUGUUUUCUAAUCACAGUCUAUGUAAACCUGUAUUUUCCAGAUGCUGUUUAAUAAAAAAUCUUCAAUAUGACAUUUUGCCUGUUUGUAG